CCGAUGGCGAAUCCCCGGACUGAGAAAUCGAUUUGCCCGAUCGAACCAAACUUUUUCGCCUCAUCAAAACACCGAUUCAUUCAAUCGUCAAAGAUCCUAUUCAUCCCAUUCUCGUUGUCUUUCCCCUCCAGUUUUACUCACCGAUACUUGCUUGUUGAUGGGAUUCAGCGGACGAAAUGACUUCCGGCCUGAGUCUACCCAGCAUGUAGACUCCGGCGCUCACGAGAGCAAUUACUCAACUCAGCCCUUCUCCGCUCCUCCAGGCACCUCGAGUACUGCCAGGCACAACCUACCGCCCAAAGACGACGACAGCGACAGCAUCGACACCGUCAUCUACGAUGGCGACUCCGCAGAAACCCGCUUCCUGGCGCCCGCUCCCGAUCUCACUCCUAGCCGCGGCGAAGACAGCGACAGCGACAGCGACCACGACCACGACGACGCGGAUUCCGAACUCGCCAGCGAAAAACCGGUGACAUGGCGCUCCUUGCCUAAGAAGGGCCAACUGGCGAUCCUGACCUUCGCGCGUCUCUCCGAGCCCCUCACGCAGACAUCGCUGCAGGCCUACAUGUUCUACCAGCUCAAAUCAUUCGACCCCUCGUUGCCGGACUCCACCAUCUCCGCGCAGGCGGGGAUCCUGCAGGGGUGCUUUACCGCCGCGCAGUUCCUGACCGCCGUCUGGUGGGGCCGCUUGGCUGAUGCGGAGUGGAUGGGGCGGAAGCGCGUGCUUCUGAUCGGGCUGCUGGGGACGUGUCUGUCGUGCUUGGGGUUCGGGUUCUCGAGGUCGUUUGUCGUGGCUGCGGUCUUUCGGACGCUGGGGGGUGUGUUGAAUAGUAAUGUUGGGGUGAUGAGGACUAUGAUUGCGGAGAUUAUCCAGGAGAAAAAGUAUCAAUCUCGAGCUUUCCUGCUGUUGCCGAUGUGUUUUAAUGUCGGUGUGAUUGUCGGCCCUAUCUUCGGAGGCAUGUUGGCGGAUCCGCUGAAGAGCUAUCCGCAUCUGUUUGGUCCUGGGACCGUGUUUGGCGGUAAAGAUGGAGUGUGGUGGAUGGAACGGUGGCCGUUUGCAUUGCCCAAUGUGCUCAGUGCAAUCUUCAUUUUUGUUUCGAUGAUUGCUGUCCUCCUUGGACUUGAUGAAACACAUCAAGUUGCACGGUAUCGAGGUGACUGGGGCCGAAAACUGGGCCGCACAUUGGCGAAAUCGAUAUCUCGACGGCGGGGUGGUCGAUAUUAUCGUCCACUGGUCAACCACGCCGAUGAUGAGUCACUGUACAUCGAUGGAAGUAUAGCCAGCAGAUCGGCGCCUUCCAGCCCGGCUCGAUCUCGUAUCCGGCCUCGUCAGAAACGCCCGGGAUUUCGUCAGAUCUGGACACCCAAUGUGCUACUUACACUCCUGGCGCAUUUCCUGCUUGCAUUCCACACCAGCGCUUUCAACUCGAUGACCUUCACGUUUCUGCCGACCCCGCGAGCCCCGGAAAAGACCAGGGAAGGUCUCCAUUUCGGCGGGGGAUUGGGAUUGCCUUCGUCUCGAGUCGGCCUGGCAACCGCCAUCAUUGGAGUCAUUGGCCUCCCGCUGCAGAUAUUUGUCUACCCUGAGAUUCAAUCCCGGCUGGGAACGCUUACUUCUUUCCGCACUUUCCUGCCGUUCUCGCCACUGGCGUAUGCACUGAUGCCUUUCUUGGUGCUGAUUCCGCGAUACCCGUGGCUAGUGUGGCCAUCGUUCACGAUUGUGGUCGGAUUGCAAGUUAUUUCGCGCACCUUUGCCCUCCCAGCCGCUAUCAUUCUCGUGAAUAACAGCGUCACGGACCCCUCGGUUCUCGGUACCAUCCAUGGGGUUGCUCAGAGUAUAUCCAGCGGCGCUCGUACUCUAGGACCGAUGAUUGGCGGCUGGGGUCUGGGACUUGGGCUGAAAUACAACAUGGUCGGCGGUAUUUGGUGGGCUCUGGCCCUGGAAGCUUUGGUGGGUUGGAUGCUGCUUUGGUCGAUCUACGAGGGGAGAGGGAUCGAGAAGAAUGCGGAUCGGACGGAGGAGUCGGAAGAUACUCGGUGAGCGGAGCGGUGGAUAUCGGAGACAAGUGGAUGACCGAGGGUGGUACAGUGGUUGGAUUUACCGGGAAUAUAUCGGACGAUUUAUGAGACAUGUUUAUGACAGGG